AGAGAGCGAGCGCGCGAGGGAGAGGGAGGAGAGGAGAGAGAAGAGGAGAGAGAGGAGAGGGAGGGAGAGAGGAGAGAGAGAGGAAGAGAGAGAGAGAGAGAGAGAGAGAGAGACGGAUAUCUCAGGUCAUCUGCUGCUGCAGCGAGUCUGAGGAGCCGAGGAAGGCAAGGAAGAUGGCGAUCCUCCAUUGCUGAGAGCCGGCGGGAGCCCAUGAGACUCCGCAACAACUUCCACCACAAUAACCCGAGCAGGAAGAGGAGGAAGAGAAAGAGGAUCUGGAGGCGGCGGGGCCGGGGACGCCCGCAACACCUCCCGGCGCCGGGACGCUCCAGCUUGCUCCUAAUGUGAGAGGGGAGACCCUGAUCAUGGAGGUGCUUCAAUGUGAUGGCUGCGAUUUCAGAGCCCCAUCUUAUGAAGAUCUCAAGGCACACAUUCAGGAUGUCCACACAGCAUUUCUGCAGCCCACUGAUGUUGCUGAAGACAAUGCAAAUGAACCACGGUCUGGGUCUAUAAAUGCAAGUAAUCAGACAGAGGUGGAAUUUUCUUCUAUAAAGGAUGAAUUUGCUAUUGCAGAGGAUUUAUCAGGUCAAAAUGCUACUGCAUUGGGGACUGGAAGUUACUAUGGCCAGAGUCCAGGAUAUUACGGUCAGCAUCUUGCCCCUAAUCCCAAACCAACCAACAAAUUUUUUCAAUGCAAGUUCUGCGUACGCUACUUCAGGUCAAAAAACCUCCUCAUUGAACAUACUAGGAAGGUCCAUGGAGCUCAAGCCGAAGGAGGUUCUGCAGGACCCCCAAUUCCAGGAUCCUUAAAUUAUAAUAUUAUGAUGCACGAAGGGUUUGGAAAGGUCUUCUCUUGCCAAUUUUGCACAUACAAGUCACCAAGGAGGGCAAGAAUAAUCAAGCACCAGAAGAUGUAUCACAAGAACAAUUUGAAGGAGACUUCUGCUCCCCCACCAGCUCCUGCUCCAAUGCCAGACCCUGUGGUUCCACCUGUGUCCCUGCAAGAUCCCUGCAAGGAACUGCCGGCAGAGGUGGUAGAGCGCAGCAUCUUAGAAUCCAUGGUCAAACCUUUGACUAAGUCUCGAGGCAACUUUUGCUGUGAGUGGUGCAGCUAUCAAACCCCUCGCCGAGAACGCUGGUGUGACCACAUGAUGAAGAAACACCGAAGUAUGGUCAAGAUUCUUUCCAGUAUCAGACAGCAGGAAGAGACUCCUAAUCUACCAGAGGUGCAGAACAAGAAUGAGCCUAGCCCCCCUUCCAACUCCACCUAUCUUUCCAUGAAUGCUGCAAGCCGGGAGAUUCCCAACGCUAAUGUCUCUGGCUACCGGGGCUCCAUGAGCAACUCCAUCAUGAGACCUAAUUCUUCCACUUCCAAGUUUUCGCCCAUGUCUUACCCUCAGAUGAAGCCGAAGUCACCUCACAAUUCUGGCCUUGUUAACUUGGCCGACAGAUCGCGUUAUGGAAUGGCUGACAUGACCAAUUCUUCUGCUGACCUAGAAACGAACAGUAUGCUGAAUGACUCUAGUUCUGAUGAAGAGUUAAAUGAACUAGAUAGUGAGAAUGGUUUAAAUGCAUUGGAUCACCAGGCAUCAGGCCUGUCUGCUGAGCAGCUGAUGAGCUCAGAUGGCAACAAAUUAUUGGAGACCAAGGGAAUUCCAUUCAGAAGAUUCAUGAACAGGUUCCAGUGUCCUUUUUGUCCUUUCCUCACCAUGCAUCGACGGAGCAUCUCCCGUCACAUAGAGAACAUCCAUCUAUCUGGAAAAACUGCUGUCUACAAGUGUGACGAAUGUCCGUUUACUUGCAAGAGCUCAUUGAAACUUGGGGCUCACAAACAGUGUCACACGGGUACAACAUCAGACUGGGAUGCUGUGAACUCCCAGAGUGAAAACAUUUCUUCCUCACUGAAUGAAAGCAUCAUGUCUUAUGAGAGCUCGAGCAUCAAUGGUAGAAAGUCAGGGGUCCUUCUGGAUCCCUUGCAACAACAGCAGCAGCAGCAGCCGCCGCCACCACCACCACCACUGCCACCACCUCCACCCCCUCUGUCACAGCCACAGCCACCCCAGCUCCAACCACAUCAACUCCCACCCCAACCCCAGCCACCACCACCACCACCACCACCUCCUCCACCACCCCCACCCCCACCACCACCACCACAGCCACCCAUGCAAACCACUCCCCUACAUCCUUACAAAUGCACCAUGUGCAACUACUCCACUACCACUCUGAAAGGGCUACGAGUCCAUCAGCAGCACAAACACUCAUUUUGCGACAACUUGCCAAAAUUUGAGGGGCAACCCUCAAGCUUACCAUUGGAAAGUGAGACAGACAGCCAUCCCUCUUCCAGUAACACUGUGAAGAAAAGUCAGACCUCAAUUCUUGGGUUGUCCUCCAAGAACCAUUUUGUAGCUAAGACCUCUAGAAAACUCAUGAAUGACUUUCCCCUUGAUUUAUCACCUGUGAAGAAGAGAACUAGGAUUGAUGAAAUAGCCAGUAACCUACAGAGCAAAAUUAACCAAACCAAACAACAGGAAGAUUCAGUCAUCAAUGUGGAGGACGAUGAGGAGGAAGAUGAAGACAACGAAGUGGAGAUAGAGGUUGAGUUAGACAGGGAAGAAGAGUCAACAGAGCCAGUCCUGGAGGUAUCCAACCCCUUUGCAGCCCAGCAGCUCUGGGCAAGAGAUAUCGGGGAGCCCCCAAAGGAACCUGGCUUCAGGAAUAUCACCCACGAUUACAAUGCCACCAAUGGGGCUGAGAUUGAGCUCACUCUCUCUGAAGAUGAAGAGGAUUACUAUUGUUCCUCAACCAACUUGAAAGAUCAUCAGGUUUCGAGUACUGCCCUGCUGAACACUCCAACGCCUCUUUAUGGGACUGAGCAUAAUAAUGAAACUACGGACUUUGGUGACUCUGGAAGGCUUUACUAUUGCAAACACUGUGACUUUAACAAUAAAUCUGCCCGGAGUGUGAGCACCCACUAUCAGAGAAUGCACCCAUAUAUUAAAUUCAGCUUUAGGUACAUCUUGGACCCCAACGACCACAGUGCAGUCUACAGGUGCCUGGAAUGUUACAUUGAUUACACCAACUUUGAAGAUCUGCAGCAGCAUUAUGGUGAACAUCAUCCAGAAGCCAUGAAUGUCCUCAACUUUGACCAUUCGGACCUGAUCUACCGGUGUCGGUUUUGUUCCUACACGAGCCCGAAUGUUAGGAGCCUAAUGCCGCAUUACCAAAGAAUGCAUCCCACAGUGAAGAUCAACAAUGCGAUGAUAUUUUCCAGCUAUGUAGUGGAGCAGCAGGAAGGGCUGAAUACAGAAUCCCAGACACUCCGGGAGAUUCUUAACUCAGCUCCCAAGAGUAUGGCGACUUCCACACCUGUGGCACGUGGCGGUGGCCUGCCGUCUCCAUUUGGUAAAAACACUCCUCCCAAGACCUUUCCUCCAGAAUGUGAAAACCAGAAGGACCCCUCAGUUAACACCGUUGUCGUGUACGAUUGUGAUGUUUGUUCUUUCGCAAGCCCCAACAUGCAUUCUGUCCUGGUUCAUUAUCAGAAGAAACACCCCGAAGAAAAGGCUUCCUACUUUAGGAUCCAGAAAACCAUGCGCAUGGUGUCUGUGGACAGGGGCGCUGCCCUUUCUCAAUUGUCAUUUGAGGUGGGUGCUCCAAUGUCUCCCAAAAUGUCCAACAUGGGUUCCCCACCCCCCCCACAACCCCCACCACCAGACCUCAGUACUGAGCUUUACUACUGCAAACACUGUUCCUACAGCAAUCGGUCAGUUGUGGGCGUGCUUGUCCACUACCAGAAAAGACACCCAGAAAUAAAGGUCACUGCCAAAUAUAUCAGACAGGCUCCUCCCACAGCUACCAUGAUGAGAGGGGCUGAGGGGUUCCAAGGCUCCCCCCGGGCCCCUGCCCCCAUGCAGCAGCCGAACCGAAGCGAUGGCCUUCCUGUGGAGAACGAGAUGUUCUUCUGCCAGCACUGUGAUUAUGGGAACCGGACCGUCAAAGGUGUCCUCAUUCAUUAUCAGAAGAAGCACCGUGACUUCAAGGCCAAUGCAGAUGUGAUCCGGCAGCACACAGCCACCAUCCGAAGCCUCUGUGACCGGAACCAGAAGAAAGUGGGUGGUUGCAUGCUUCUCCCCUCUAGCAUGGAUAGGGACAAAGCGAAGCUUCGAGCGCUCAAAUGUAGGCAGUGCUCAUAUACCUCCCCCUAUUUCUAUGCACUGAGGAAGCAUAUUAAGAAAGAUCACCCUACACUAAAGGCCACAGUUACGUCUAUCAUGCGGUGGGCAUUUUUAGAUGGCUUGAUAGAAGCUGGCUACCACUGUGAGUGGUGCAUAUAUUCCCACCCAGAGCCCAAUGGUUUGCUCCUCCAUUACCAAAGGAGACACCCAGAGCAUUAUGUUGACUACACUUACAUGGCUACCAAACUCUGGGCAGGGCCAGACCCAUCCCCUCCUUCUCUUGCAUUGCCAGCUGAAGCCAAAAUAUACAGAUGCAGAGACUGUGUUUUUGAAGCUCUCUCCAUCUGGGACAUCACCAAUCACUAUCAAGCAUUCCAUCCCUGGGCCAUGAAUGGUGAUGAGUCUGUGUUGUUGGAUAUCAUCAAGGAGAAAGAUGUGGUUGAGAGUCUCCUCCCCCCUUCUGAAGAGCUGAUGGGCCCUGUGAAUUGUGAAAAUAGCAUGCCCCUCCCACUACCUGAACAGGAAGUUGAAUGCCCAGAGGAUGCCAGACUCUCCCCAGAGAAAGGCAUCCAGCUGACAUCCGCCAACCCUGCCAUCUCCUCCACCCCAUACCAGUGCACUGUCUGCCAGUCUGAGUAUAACAACCUGCAUGGUCUUCUCACUCACUAUGGCAAGAAGCAUCCUGGCAUGAAAGUGAAGGCAGCUGACUUUGCCCAGGACAUCGACAUCAACCCUGGCGCCGUCUACAAAUGCCGGCAUUGUCCGUACAUCAACACCCGCAUCCACGGUGUCCUGACCCACUACCAGAAGCGACACCCGUCUGUCAAGGUGACAGCUGAGGACUUCGUGCACGACGUGGAGCAGUCCACCGACAUCACCCAGAACGACGUAGAGGAGACGAGCAGGAUCUUCAAGCAAGGGUACGGUGCCUACCGCUGCAAACUGUGUCCCUACACACAUGGCACGUUAGAGAAGCUUAAAAUCCACUAUGAGAAGUAUCACAAUCAGCCAGAGUUUGAUGUCUUCUCCCAGUCGCCCCCAAAGCUGCCAGUGUCCCUGGAACCCGAGAUAACCACUGAAGUGAGCCCCUCCCAGGUCUCUGUUACCGAGGAGGAGGUGAGCGAGGAGUCCAUGUCCACUUCUCACUUCUCUACCUCGCACCUGGUGUCCCACACUGUGUUCCGGUGCCAGCUCUGCAAAUACUUCUGCUCCACGAGGAAGGGGAUCGCCAGACACUACCGCAUCAAGCACAACAACGUCCGAGCCCAACCCGAGGGGAAGAACAACCUCUUCAAGUGUGCCCUGUGUUCCUACACCAACCCCAUCCGCAAAGGCCUGGCUGCCCACUACCAGAAGCGCCACGACAUCGACGCCUAUUACACCCACUGCCUGGCCGCCUCCAGGACCAUCAGCGACAAGCCCAACAAGGUGAUCAUCCCAUCCCCACCCAAGGACGACUCCCCCCAGCUCAGCGAGGAGCUCCGGCGGGCGGUGGAGAAGAAAAAGUGCUCCCUGUGCUCCUUCCAGUCCUUCAGCAAGAAAGGCAUCGUGUCCCAUUAUAUGAAGCGCCACCCAGGGGUAUUCCCCAAGAAGCAGCACGCCAGCAAGCUGGGGGGUUACUUCACUGCUGUCUACGCCGACGAGCAUGAGAAACCAGUGUUGCUGGAAGAGGAGGAGAGAGGAAGCAGCAGCCUGGAGAAAGCCGAGGUGGAGGGGGAUGCGCAGGAGAUCGAGUGGCUCCCGUUCCGCUGUGUCAAAUGUUUCAAGCUGUCCUUCAGCACGGCCGAGCUGCUGUGUAUGCAUUAUACCGACCACCACAGUCGGGAUCUCAAGAGGGACUUCGUCAUACUGGGCAACAACGGCCCCCGCCUGCAGAACCCUGCCUACCAGUGCAAGCACUGCGAUUGCAAACUGCUCAGCACAGCCGAGCUGACCUCACACUUGAACAUUCACAAUGAGGAAUUCCAGAAGCGUGCCAAACGUCAGGAGAGGAGGAAACAGCUUUUGAGCAAGCAGAAAUAUGCAGAUGGUGCUUUUGCAGAUUUCAAACAGGAGAGGCCUUUUGGUCAAUUAGAAGAGGUGCCAAAGAUCAAGGAGAGGAAGGUGGUGGGCUACAAAUGUAAAUUCUGUGUGGAAGUGCACCCGACGCUCCGAGCCAUCUGCAAUCACCUCCGCAAGCACGUCCAGUAUGGCAGCGUCCCCGCAGUGAAGGGGCUGCGUUCUCAUGAGAGGAGCCAUCUGGCCUUGGCCAUGUUUACCCGCGAGGACAAGUACAGCUGCCAGUAUUGCUCCUUUGUUUCUGCUUUCAGGCACAAUUUGGAUCGCCAUAUGCAAACCCACCACGGACACCAUAAACCAUUUCGAUGUAAACUCUGCUCCUUCAAGUCCUCCUACAACAGCCGGCUGAAAACUCACAUCCUCAAAGCUCAUGCUGGGGAACAUGCCUACAAGUGUUCGUGGUGCUCCUUCUCCACCAUGACAAUCAGCCAGUUGAAGGAACACUCCCUCAAGGUCCAUGGAAAAUCCCUGAGCCUUCCCAGGCCACGGAUUGUCAGCCUCCUUUCUUCACAUGCCCACCAUUCCUCCCAAAAAGCUUCUCCGACUGAAGAAGUGGAAGACUCCAAUGAUAGUUGGGAGAACCAGGCAGCCAGCCAAGACAUAUCUUUACAAGACAAGAAGAGCUGUCAAGCAAAAGAAGGAAGGUCAAGGGAAGAGCAGAACUGGCCUGAAUCAUCUAUAGGGUGGCUUGGAGAGGAUUGUGAAGUCAGGUGCUGUACUAUGUCCCCUGGUGUCAGGUACUUGGGAGCAGACUCCUCCUACUCCGAGCCUCCAGAUGUUCAGCAACAGUUGAACCACUAUCAGUCAGCUGCCCUGGCGAGGAAUAACAGCCGGGUUAGCCCUGUGCCUCAUUCUGGGGCUGCUGGUGGCACCGAACAGAAAACAGAAGCUGUUCUUCACUGCGAAUUCUGUGAAUUCUCUUCUGGCUAUAUCCAGAGCAUCAGGCGCCAUUACAGGGACAAGCAUGGAGGGAAGAAACUCUUCAAAUGCAAAGACUGCUCCUUUUACACAGGCUUUAAAUCUGCUUUUACUAUGCACGUGGAAGCUGGUCACUCAGCGGUGCCUGAGGAGGGCCCCAAAGACCUGCGCUGUCCUCUCUGCCUCUACCACACCAAAUACAAACGCAACAUGAUUGACCAUAUCGUAUUGCACCGAGAAGAGCGAGUUGUCCCCAUUGAAGUGUGCCGUUCCAAACUGUCAAAAUACUUGCAGGGAGUAGUUUUCCGCUGUGAUAAGUGUACCUUCACCUGCUCCAGUGACGAGAGCCUCCAGCAACACAUAGAAAAGCACAAUGAACUGAAACCUUACAAAUGCCAGCUCUGCUACUAUGAGACCAAGCACACGGAGGAACUGGACAUCCACCUUCGGGACGAGCAUAAGGUAAGCCGUAACUUUGAGCUGGUUGGACGAGUAAACUUGGACCAGCUGGAACAGAUGAAGGAAAAGAUGGAGAGCACCAGCAGUGAAGAUGAGGAUAAAGAAGAAGAGAUGAACAGCAAGGAUGAUGAGAGUGACCUGAUGCGGUUUGCUGACCAGGGGAUCCCUCUGAACACCGAGAAACGUUUUACCUGUGAAUUUUGUGGACGGUCAUUUUCCCAGGGCUCCGAGUGGGAGAGGCACGUGCUGAGACAUGGCAUGGCAUUGAAUGACACCAAGGAGAUGUGCAGAGCCGAGAUCCCACUGACUGAAAGUGUAGAAGACAGUAUUCAAUUGCCCUCUAUAGAGGAGAAGGAAACUGAACAGGCCAUUGGGAUAGACUUUUCCCUCAAGGAUGAAACCGUAGCCAUCUGUGUAGUAGCUGCUGACAAAUCUCUACUGGAGAAUGCAGAGGCCAAAAAUGAAUAAGCGUUUGAAGUUCUUAAUCAAACCUUACUUGAACAGUGAUUUAAA